AGCAAAUGUCUAUCAUUUAAGCGGCACAUAGUUAUUGUCGUGGUUGAUUGUUCGAAAGGCGUGCCCAAUUGUUUGAUUACCAUCAGAGUGUGGGCUGACACACAAUGGCAGACACUAGACCAGCUGAAAAAGAUGAACAGCAGAAACAAAACACCCCACGCAAGGUGAUGGAAGAGCGUGUCAAAGGCGUGGUUAAGUGGUUCAAUGUGAAGGCUGGAUAUGGCUUCAUCAACCGUCAGGACACAUCCACGGACAUAUUUGUGCACCAAUCGGCGAUUUCACGUAACAAUCCAGAAAAGCUUCAGCGUUCACUCCAGGAGGGGGAAGAGGUGGAGUUUUAUGUUGUUGAGGGGGACAAGGGCGACGAAGCAUCCGAAGUGACAGGCCCUGGGGGUGAACCUGUUAAGGGCAGUGUGUACGCAGCUUUGCGUGGACGUGGACGCAGCCCGCGAGUGUUUAACAUGCGUGGGAGAGGUCGUGGGAUGGGACCUGGGGGAUUCUCUAGCAAUCAAGAAUUUGUGCCUUACUACGGUCCUCGGGGUCGAGGCCGCGGCCGUGGUGGCUCAGAAAUGUAUGGAGGUGGUUACGAAUUUAUGGAUCGUGGUGGGAGAGGCCGCGGGUUCCGUGGACGUGGAAGGCCUCGUGGUCGUGGGUUUAGGGGAUCCGGUGGGUUCGAAUCUCGGGUCGCGGUGGUCCUCGUGGAGGAAGAGAUAAUUAUCAUAACGAGGAUGGCUCACCGGAUAUGCGAGACGCUUAAAAUCCUCUGGUCAAAUACUGAGAAAUGUCAUUUUAGAAAUCUAUGUAUUCUGUCAGCAUUCAUAUAUGCAUGUCUACGUUUCAACUCAAUUGUUUAAUCAUCCAACUUGCAGCACAUUGGAUUGUCACUUGUCUUUAUGGUAUUUCGGAUGUACACCAACUUUUUCCCUUCCUCAGUUUCGACGUCUAACUGGUCAAACUUGAGUGUCUCCAAUUUUUGAAUCCAGAGUUCCUGUGGGUAUAUUCAACAUGUUUCAUUCGAUCUUACAGCCUUAGCUUUCUGCGCUUUUCGAUGCAUUUCUUGCCUAUCAGGGCUUUCCAUCUGAACUUGAUUACUUUUCUACUGUUUCAUAUCUACUUACUUCCGUCUGCCAAUUGCUUGAAGGUUCAGACCAUUUGAGAAAGUCACAGAUCUGACUCGUCAGCCAUUGGUGAUUAUACUUUUCUGUAGAAUGUGCAUUCUUCUGUCAUCUUGUGUGGAUAUCUGGUGCUGUAUGGUUUGACUUUUUUCGUAAUCAAAUAUGCAUUUUGAUACUUGAUAAAAUUUCUUUAGAGU